UGACUUGUAUGCAGACGUGGUACUACUUUAGCCGGUAUUUCUCGGAUCCUUGGUACAACAAACUUUUAGUCGGCGCUGUAUUUGUAUCAGACACAACCCACCAAGCUUUGAUUACACACACCGUGUACACGUACCUUGUCACCGACUUUGGCAACGCCAGUGAUCUCGAGAAACUUGUGUGGAGUUUAUCUGUUGAAGUUUUGUUCAAUGGCUUCACGGGGUUUAUGGUUCAAAGCUUCCUCGCCAAGCGUGUCUACCAUCUGAGCAACAAGAACAUCAUUGUAACCGCGUCAGUGUUGUCCCUUGUCAUCGCUGAACUUGUCAUCGUUGUCAGUGAUGUCGAGUUGACGACCUUUAAUCAAGUUCCCCAGAUCAGGUCAUUGUCAAUGUCUAUAAAUGCUGUAGCAGCUGCCGGAGAUAUCCUUAUCGCUGUCUUGCUCUGCACAUUCCUCCAACGAUCUCGCACUGGGUUCCGUCGGUCCGAUACUAUGAUCAACAAGCUCAUGCUGUUCACUAUCAACACUGGUCUAAUUACCAGUGUUUGCGCAAUGAUGUCCUUUAUUUCUAUUGUAUUGUGGCCUGAUACCUACAUUUACAUCGCAUUCUAUUUCUGCGUGGGACGUCUUUACUGCAAUUCCCUGCUAGCAACCCUCAACGCACGCAAGGGUAUCCGCCGCGAUUCUUGUGACGAGCACCUGUCGAUCUCGCUACAUAAAGCUCGGAGACCUAUCAACAGUCCCAUCGGCUCAUCGCAAAUGGAGAUGCCGAACGACCUUUCAAUUAGGAUAGAUACCACGCAAGAAUACACUGAAGACGAGGACCUCAAAAGGCCUCGGUCAGCUUAAUUCCUGUGCGGAUGAGAAUCACAAAAUGCGCCUAUCUCAUCAGCUAUUACUCCUAGAAGAGCAAGCAUGCUGUGCCUUUGACAAUGUGCAAUUCAUUUGGUUGUAUAUUCUUCGCAUAGACUUAGUAUAUAUUUCAUUAAAACUAACUCAACACACUCGGCAGUCUUCACUUAUCCAUUCAAUACUAGUCACUCACACUGAU